AGAAGAACACCGUGACUGGUUUUUUAAGGUAGAGUUCAAGCGUCCGCGCGUCCAUUUCAACCCCGCUCCCGUAAAUGACAACUCGCGCUGGAAAGCCAUCUUGAUUGACACGCAUCAUGAGCGCCGCGAACAUGGAUGCGGAUGAAGAAGUAUACGAAGUCCAAGCGCUGUUAAAUCAUCGUAUGUCCAAGUUGAAGCCGGGUAUCGUGGAAUAUCUCAUCAAGUGGGAAAAUUAUGACGAAUCGUGGAAUACCUGGGAGAGAGAAUACAACAUCUUUUCAGAGGACUUGAUCGAUAAGUAUUGGAAGAAGCAGCGAGAGACACGAUCCGAUUUCAUUGCGCGUCAUACCCCUGGAACAUCAAACGACGAUAAAGGUUCAGAUCGGUCUAAACGGAAAGACGCAAAAAAAAAGAAAAGCAAUCGACGAGAAAAGGCAACGCAGAGCGAAAACGCCAAGGCACAGACUGAAGAAAAAAAAGCAAAACGUAUACCACAGGAAAAAGCGUCUCGUGGUGAUACAAAGAGGAAGACAAGAAGCCAAGUACGGACCAACGAUGAUGUUACUCAGGCCAUUCAGGUCAAAGUGAAAGACGAUCGUACACAGGCCUCAACACCCGAGUAUCAGAUCGAACUUCCGAUGGACACACCACCGCUGAAUCUGUCAUGGAAAGACGCCAAAUCCGUGAAUCAUGUUUAUGCAGACGCAGACGGCGUUUUAUUCGCCAAAGUGGCAUGGUCGAACGGAACAAGUACGUUUAUUCCCACCAAGAUCCUCCGCCACUACUGCCCUGUUCUUCUUUUGCGCUUUUAUGAAAAUCUGUUAAGUUUUUCCACUGACUAGAAACUCGCCAUUACUUUACAGCCCAUCAUUCCAUCCACCCGGCUCCGACACAUUAUCUAUAGCCAUUAUUUUACAACCCAUCAUUCCAUCCACCCGGCUCCGACACGUUAUCUAGCGCCGUUAU